CAUGCGGCAUGAUCAGUCAUUGAAGAUUGUGAAUGAAUAGAAAAAUUUAUUUUUUUAAAAAAAAACGGUAUUAUCAACAAUAGUAAAUAAUCACAAUCAUGACUGUGUCAUCGAUACUUAACAAACAAACUAGUUUUAAUAAACUUUCACAAUUGUUACUUCGAAAUUAUUUACAAAAUGCAAGAUUUUUUGCAUCAACUGAGCACGUAUCAUUGGAAAAGAUCCGGAACAUUGGUAUAUCAGCUCACAUAGACUCCGGCAAAACGACAUUAACUGAGCGAAUUUUAUUUUACACUGGAAAAAUAUCAGAAAUGCAUGAAGUAAAAGGUAAAGACAAUGUUGGAGCAGUAAUGGACAGCAUGGAAUUAGAACGACAACGAGGCAUAACAAUUCAAUCAGCAGCAACAUACACGAUGUGGAAGAACCAUAAUAUCAACAUUAUUGAUACUCCAGGUCAUGUGGAUUUUACAGUAGAAGUGGAGCGAGCACUACGAGUGUUAGAUGGUGCAAUAUUAGUUCUAUGUGCAGUGGGUGGUGUCCAAUCCCAGACUCUGACAGUCAAUCGGCAAAUGAAACGUUAUGAUGUACCGUGUUUAGCAUUCAUUAAUAAGUUAGAUCGAAUGUCUGCUAAUCCUGUCAAAGUGCUUGAACAGAUGCGGAAUAAGAUGCAUCAUAAUGCAGCAUUUAUUCAGCUUCCAAUUGGUUUGGAAACUCAAUGCAAAGGUGUAGUGGAUUUGAUAACACAAAAGGCUUUAUAUUUCGAGGGUAGGUUUGGUGAAGUUGUGAGAGAGGAUGAGAUACCGCAAAAUAUGAGAGCAGAGGUCAAUGAUAGACGCCAAGAGCUUGUAGAACAUGUCAGCAACGUUGAUGAAACCUUGGGUGAAUUAUUUCUAAACGAAACCACACCGACUGAGCAGGACAUUAAGAAUGCCAUCAGACGAGCGUGUUUAAAGCGACUUUUUACACCUGUCAUGGUAGGAACUGCUCUGAAAAAUAAAGGAAUUCAACCACUACUUGAUGCUGUGCUCGAUUACUUACCCAAUCCUGGUGAAGUGACCAACUAUGCUCUUCAGGAAAAUGCCGAUGAUGAACCAAAAAAAAUUGUCUUAGACUCAUGCCGUGAUGGAAAGAAAUCUUUUCUUGGUCUAGCUUUCAAACUGGAGCUUGGAAAAUUCGGACAACUGACUUAUUUUCGCUGCUACCAAGGUAAAUUAAAGAAAGGUGAUAAUAUUUACAACGUUAGGACACGAAAAAAGGUACGAGCCUCUCGAUUGGUACGCUUACAUUCAAAUCAAAUGGAAGACGUUGAUUCAGUCUAUGCAGGCGAUAUUUUCGCGCUAUUUGGCAUUGAUUGUGCAUCUGGUGAUACAUUUGUUGAUAACAAUCAAUCCAAGUUGUCUAUGGAAUCAAUUCAUGUACCAGAUCCAGUUAUUUCGAUGUCUAUUCAACCUAUGAACACCAAGGAUCGGGAAAACUUUGCUAAAGGUAUCUCUAGGUUCACGAAAGAAGAUCCUACAUUCAGGUUCUUUUGGGACUCUGAUAACAAGGAAAGUUUAGUCUCUGGUAUGGGUGAAUUACAUCUAGAAAUUUAUGCCCAACGUUUAGAAAGAGAGUAUAACUGUCCAGUAAUACUUGGUAAGCCUAAAGUAUCCUUCCGAGAAACUCUAACUUCUCCAUAUGAAUUUAAUUAUCUACAUAAGAAGCAAACUGGAGGUCAUGGACAGUAUGCUGGAAUCAUAGGAGUAAUAGAGCCUUUACCACAUCAUCUAAAUACUCAAUUAAUAUUCUCUGACGAGACUGUCGGCACCAACGUACCAAAACAAUUUAUCCCAGGAGUAGAAAAAGGAUUUCACCAUGUUUGUCAAAAAGGUCCAUUAACCGGACACAAAGUGGCUGGUAUCAAAUUCAGACUUCUUGAUGGUGCACAUCAUAUUGUUGAUUCCUCAGAGCUAGCGUUUCAAAUGGCAGGUCAAGGUGCUAUGAGAGAAGCUUAUCAGUAUGGAAAUUGGCAAAUCCUUGAACCAAUUAUGACCGUUGAAAUAAUCGUUCCAGAAGAAUGUCAGGGAACCAUUAUGGGUAUCUUAUCCAAAAGAAAAGGAUUAAUAACAGACACUGAUACUCAUGAUGGAUGGGUAAGUUUAUACGCAGAAGUACCUCUCAAUGAAAUGUUCGGCUUUGCUGGAACACUUCGAUCAUCAACUCAAGGAAAGGGUGAAUAUUCAAUGGAAUAUUGCCGUUACACUCCAUGUCCACCACAAAUUCAAGAAAAAAUGAUACAAGAGUAUCAAGAUUCGAUGAUGGAUAAUCAACAGAAGAAAAAAAAUUAACAAAUCAUGAUUAUUAGUUAAAUAUCCAAUUAAAUUAUCAUUAUAAUUUUUUAAAA